AUGGCUCCAACCUUAUUCACCAUUUCGUUAGCAUUGUUGCUGCCAGCAUUCUCCCUUGCUGCCCCUCUUCGUGAGAGUGCAUCCCUUAUUGACACGGAGCCCAUAAAUUCCUCGAAGCAAGGUGACUACCAAGUGACAACACAACAUGGAGCAACUGAUCCAAUUCCUACACAAACAUCUCCUAAUGGUUAUCACGAACCAAGUCUUUCAAUUGUCAUUCCGAUCUCAGGAUCAGCAGGACGUACUGGGGCUAAGAGACCCGAGCCUACAGCUUUUUCCUCAUUGAGACCCUCCGACCAACCAUCAGAUCCCAUUGAAUCGGACGUAAACAGCCUCGCCCGUCGAGAGAAAGCUUCAGCCUCAGAAAAUUCGGUCAAGCCCGCCAAAUCGACGAAUGGAGGAGCGGCUCCGAGUCAAGCUUCUGAGACAGGCGCUCCAGCUUCUAAAUCACCAAAACCAACACAAUCAAAGUCUCAAGACCCAGCUUCAAGUCAACCAUCCGACCCUACCCCGUCAGCAACCAAAUCGUCGCCACCGAAGCAGUCUUCGUCCAAGGUACCAGAACCAAGCACAGAGCCUUCACAGACUCCAAAAUCUGAUUCUGGUCAGCCAUCUUCCAAGACAAAGCAGCCAGUACAGUCUUCUGAACAAACACCUAAGCCCAGUGUCUCGGCGUCUGAGUCGUCGCCGCCAAUAAAGUCCUCAUCCAAAGCGCCAGGUCAAAGCUCAGAGCCCUCGCAGACUUCAAAGCCCGACCCAGGCCAACAACCAUCGACCAAGACGCAGCAACCGAUUGAGUCCACCAACAAAGCGUCUGUUUCCAGCCAAGCACUAUCCCAGAGUGAAGCACCUGACCCUACUUCCUCAGCGCCCAAGUCGUCGAAGGCAGUGCAAUCUGACUCGCAGACACCAGCUCCAAGCCCUCAGCCCUCAAAGAGUGAGGCAGCCACUCCAGCGUCAGGUGAUGGGAGCGGCGGCCAGGCAUCUGCAACGGCUACACCAGUAUGA